AUGGGCGUGGCACUCUCGCUGCCGUUCCUCGGCGGCGGACUCGCCUCGGUCGCCAGCUCGUGUCUCGCCGGUCUCGCCUGCUUCUGCACCAGCACCGCCGCUUCGGCCCUCUUCAAAUCCUGCAACUGUCAGUCGUCCAUUGCCACCCGCGUCGGCUUCGCCAUCAUCUUCUGCCUCGACGCGCUCUUCGCCUGGCUCAGUCUCACCGGGUUCAUGAUGCACAAGAUCGAAGAGUGGUCGUACAACUACAUCAAGAUGGACUGCAAGGACAAGGAUCGGUGCUACGGCGUGCUCGCUGUGCACCGCAUCACGUUUGCUUUGUCGCUCUUCCACUUCCUGCUCGGGCUGUCGCUGAUCGGGGUGAAGGAUACGAGGACGAAGCGGGCAGCGAUUCAGAACGGGUGGUGGGGACCCAAGGUGUUGCUCUGGCUGACGCUGACGGGAUUGAUGUUCUUCAUCCCCAACGGCUUUUUCGUGUUCUGGGCCAACUACUUUUCGCUCAUCUUUGCAAGCAUCUUCAUCGUCGUCGGUCUGGUGCUGCUGGUCGACUUUGCGCACUCGUGGAGCGAAACGUGCCUGGAUCGGUGGGAGGCGACCGAGUCGGAUUUCUGGAAGUUUACGCUCAUCGGCAGCACGCUGGGCAUGUAUGCUGCGGCGAUAGCGCUGACGGGUGUGCUGUACGGCUUCUUCGCCUCCAGCGGUUGCACCCUCAAUCAGUUCUUCAUCAGCCUCAACCUGGCGUUGAUCGUGGUGCUGACGGUGCUGAGCAUCAGUCCGCAGGUGCAGGAGGCGAACCCACGCAGCGGUCUGGCGCAGAGCAGCAUGGUCGCAGCGUACUGCACCUACCUCAUCGCCUCGGCCGUGAUGAAUCGCGACAAUGUCGAGUGCAACCCUAUCACCCGCGGGAGGGGCGGGAGCGCAAAGACGACAACGGUGGUCAUCGGGGCCGUGUUCACCUUUUUGGCCAUCGCGUAUUCGACCUCGCGUGCGGCGACGCAGUCUACCACGCUGGUGGGCAAACGACGUGCUGCAGCGAACACCAGUCGUCCCCCUUCCGGUUACGGUCCCCUCGCAACGCGCGAGUCGCUCGACAACUCGGCGGUGGUAUCCGACCAACCGACCAAGAAGGACAGCCUACGCAUCCAGGCGCUCAUGGCCGCCGUCGAAGCUGGCGCCAUCCCAGCAUCCGCGCUCGACGAAGAAGAUGACGAUGACGAGAUGGAGACCCGCUCCGAAAUGGGCGGUGACGAGGACGACGACGAACGCCAGGGAACACGCUACAACUACAGCUUCUUCCAUUUCGUGUUCGCGAUUGCCGCAUGCUACACGGCGAUGCUGCUGACAGACUGGCGGUUUGUCAGGCUGGGCGGACCCAGUCCGGAUCCGAGCGAGGACGGCGCACCAAUUGCGUAUAUUGGGAGGAGCACCACGGCCAUGUGGAUGCGCGUGGUGAGCAGUUGGCUGUGCAUCGGCAUCUAUACGUGGAGUUUGGUCGCUCCUGUACUGCUUCCCGAUCGCUUUGGGUAUGAUUGA